UCCAAUCACUUGUGAAUGGUAGUAAUUAAUCUCCAGCUGAUUAAAUCAACAUAUAUUUAAUCGUUCAUUUUAGUAGUUACAUGGCCACAUUGUAUUUAUCCUCCCAGCACUCCUGUGAGGUAGGGAAGUACUACUGUCCUCAUGGUAUGGGGAACAGAGGCACAUAUUGAGCACGUGACUUGUCCAUAGCCCCACAGGAAAUCUGUGGUGAAGCAGGGAAUCCCAGGUCUCCCAAAUCUCAGCCUAACAACUGGGUCAUCCUUACUCUCCUGCUUUUAACAUCUUAUCUGAUUUGGCUUUAACAAUUGUGUCCUUGUUUCCACAUUUUCCUCAAUUAGAAUAUCAUGUUCUGAAACAUUAUCUUUGUUUUUGAGCCAUGUGAUCGCCCUUUGCAAACCGUCCUGCAAAAUAUUUCUCUGGAGUGGUUGCCCACAUUCAAUCACUAGCUGUUGUGGACUGUCUUCUUAGAACAAUAUGAUAUAGCUACUUUGUUGGCCUGCUUGAAAGAAUAACUUCAAUUAUCUUCCACUGUUGCUCUGACUACUUUUCUUUCUACACUCUGGGUGAUCUCAUCCAUGCUCUUGGUGAAUGUUACCUAACCAUUGCUCUCUGCUGCAAACUAAUGUAGUCCUCCAUCCCAACCAGUCUUACAUCUCAGCCUGUCUUACUGAUAUCUUCUCCUAGCUGUUCUACUAAAUCCUCUCACUAAUCUAACUUCUCAUUUUUCCUCCUAGGUUCUCUCUUCCCUUAUCACUGCUGACAAUUUCACUGUCCUCCCUAUCAUUCAUGUUUGCAAGCUGUUUUAUGUACCUUUUAAAACUGGGCCCAUGGUCAGAGUAAGGGGAAGGAUAUAUUGGUUUCUAUUCUUACCCAUCCAUUCAGUUGGGUAGACUUUAAUAUUGGAAUUAUUGUGGGAAAGCUAACUCAAAAAUGAGUAAUACUUUGUUGUGAAAGCAGUGUGGUGAGUUAUCACUUUUUUGGGUGGGAGACUGUCUCCAAAACCUCCUUUUGAUUGCCUGGGUGAGCCUUUUGAUGUUACAGCGAUCCAGCAGCUCCUACCAGCGACCAUCCAACUGAGGAACAGCAGCUCCCUCCUUCUACCAUCCUCAACUGGUAGAGGUUAAGUCUAGGAACAAGACAAAGCUAAGACAUUAGGAAGGAGGGGGGAGCUUAAGAGACUAGUGCCUAUGGCGAGGAGAGUGUGAAUGAAGGGUGAGGGGCUGAAACAGUAACGAAACUUCCACUAUGCCACCUUAUUUCAGAAUAAAUUUAUGGCCUGUGUAGGUCUCUUUAAAUUCACCUGUGAAUGUAAAAAGGAAUUGGUAUCUGUUGACUAUUUCACUAUAUUUUAGUAGAGAAGGUGAACCGGUACAUCAUAAAUAGCUGUUCCAAGGGGGAGGAGAGUAUGUAGUGCACAGCAAAAAGGGAAAGUGACCAUCUGAAUAGAUAAGGGAAGCAUUUAUAUUUUCUACAUUUGAAUAUAUUUAAUGUUCUUUUUUUAGUGUAUUAGGAACAAAUUAUUACAAUAAAUACAUAUUUUAAGUGACUUUUUAAAAAAAUGUAAAAAGCAGUAACCCCCCUUCUGCAAGGGGUACAGUAUGCCAUCGCACUAGCUUUUAAAACACAUCCUGAAAUCCUCUGUCCUAAUAUUUUACAGAUGUAAAUGGCACAGUCUCGCUCAAACUGUGCUUACAGCUCUCGCGAACGUUUUGCUCUACCUCUUCCUCCUCAGAGCCAGUCUUGCCUCUUCUAUUAAUACUUUAAAAAAUCACGCCCCUCCUUUCCAUCAUGGCUCAAACACGCGGAGGGAGUGAUCCGCAGCCCCCCGCCGUGAGUGCUUCCCCCGCCCCUCAGUCCCGCCUCCUGCUCAGCCCCGCCGCUGCGUGUGUGUCUCAUUCAGCGGGAGCCAGCGACGGAGCGCGGCGGUCUCAGCACGGUCGCGCUCUCCCAUGGAGCUGCAGCCUGGGCACGCAGCCGGGACCGACCCGUCCGCGGGGGAUGCUCGGCCCUGCCCGGGGAGCCAUCAGCCCUGAGCCGCUGUGAAGAGCAGAGGGGGGUCACCGGGCACCACCAUGUCCCUGCCGCCCAUCCUGCCUCCCCCAGCCCCGGCCGCUCUCCCCGCCGCCCCCCGAGCGCAGCCCCGGAAGCCGGCGGCCCCCAGGAAGGCAGCGCCGCCGCCGGCCGCCGAGGAGAAGCCGCUGAGGAAGCCGCGGGGGGCGCCCCCGGAGCGGGCCGGUCCCUUCCCCAGCUCCUGGCCUUGCGCCUCCCUGCAGAGGCAGCAACCGCGGAGGCCGGCCCCGGCCCCGCCCCAGCCCCGCGGCCGCUCCUGCGAGAGCCUGUGCGCGGAGGCGGGAGCUGGAGAGGCCGCGCUGCGCUUCUCGCUCAGCCUCCCGCCCGAAGCGGCCCUGGUGCUGCAGCGCCGCAGCCUGGAGAAGCAGCGGGGGCGGCCGAGCCCCUCCGCCGGCCCCGAGCGCCUCCUGCCGGGCUCCCGGAGCAAGGCGGCGGCGGCGGCGGGCGGCGCGGCGCGGAGGGGGGCCCGGGCCGGGCCGGGCUCCGGGCCGGGGGACUUGCGCGCCCUGCUGAAGAUCUCGCUGCUGAACGAGCGGCACCGCUACGACGACGUGGAGUACGAGGAGGAGGCGGCGCCGGGGGCCGCGGCGGACGAGGGGCUGGUGCGCAAGUGCACCGAGUGGCUGCGCGGGGUGGAGAGCGCGGCCGGCCGGGAGCGGGCCGACAAGCUGGAGACCCUGCCCCACCUGGGGGCGCUCUGAGGCUUGGGGGGAGUGCCCUGCCCGCCCCGCCAAACACCCCCUCUCCCUGCCCUGCCGCACGCAGCCGGGGAGCGCUCAGCCCCCGCCCCUCCUCGCAGCAGUAGCCGGGGGGCUCCCCGUGGGAUGUGCCGGGGAGCGGGGUUCUUCUUCUCUCAUCAUGAGCCCCCCCGGGAAGCUGGACAGCACCGUGUCCUGCUCCGAAGCCACCUGACGUCUUCGUCUGCUCAGACUCAGAGUCACGGAAAGCGGAGUUUUAGUGCCAGGUUUAACCGCCCGCCCUGCUGCUAUCCCCGCCUGAGGAAACUGACUUGCGCUUUGACCCGCUGGAGGCGGGCGGCCGUUCCAGGCGCUACAUAAAGGGGGUGGAAAUGUAUUUAUAGCUGCUGUAUCCUGUGCAUUUUCAUUCACAUCUUGUGGGGAGAGAAAAAAGGGGGCUGACUAAUCAGUGUUGUAUAGAUGCUUCUGAUCCGGCUGGGCUGCUGGAUGCUUUUUAUCUGAAAUCAGGAGACAGAGUUUUUAAUGGAUGAUGGACAGGACGGGGUGUUUGAAUGUGAUCAAAUGUGAGCAGAAACCAAGACAAACGUUCUCAGCUAGUUAACUUACUGUAAGGCAACAGGUGCUUCAUCUGCUGUAUUUACUUCAGUGUGUGUUGUAGCAAAAGCUGACUCCUGACAUUUGCAGGAAUUGUUUAUGAUCUCUGGGUCUGGGUAGGGAGAGGAAGGUGGGAGAAACUUGUUUAAACUGUGGAGCCUUUAUCAGAAACUGUCACAAAAGUGUCUUUGUGUUAAACAACAAAAGGCAGUCAAGCAAAAAAGGAAAACAAAACCGCUGUGCAAUACAGGGCCUCAAGACAAAGUGUUCAGUUACUGAAGGAUAAAUGUACUGAUUUCCUUUUGAAAAGAAACUACUUUGUAAAUAGAGGAAGGGUACAUUGAUUUUGUCUGUUUGUACAUAAAGGAACAUUUUUAUUUAUUUGAAUAAACGAUUAAAGCCUUUUGUGUUGCAACAGCAGCACCUUUGUAACUGUGAAUGGGGCUCUUUCUUAAUCUGUUGCAGGUAUCUGAUUGCAUUUAGCUGUGGGAUUGAGAAAAAGACAAACAGUGAUUACACAAUGAUAAAGAUGGGCUGAUAAUAUGCAGAGAAUGUGCAGCUUAUUUAGGAUAAUUUUAAUUUCCUUCCUAGACUAAAAUGCCCAGAAGAUUUAAAACCUAAGAAUUGGAACCAAAACCCUUACAGGUAGGGCCCUACCAAAUUCACAGCUAUGAAAAACACGUCACGGACUGUGAAAUCUGGUCUUUUGUGUGCUUUUAUCCUAUAUUAUACAGAUUUCACAGGAGAGACCAGCGUUUCUCAAAUUGGGGGUCCUGACCCAAAAGGGAGUUGCGGGGGGUGGGGGUCUCAAGAUUAUUUUAGAGGGGGUCACAGUUUUGCCACCCUUAUUUCUGUGCUGCCUUCAGAGCUGGGCAACCGGAGAGUGGUGACUGCUGGCUGGGAGCCCAGCUCUGAAUGCAGAGCUGCCACCAGCAGCAGCACAGAAGUAAGGGUGGCGUGGUAUGGUAUUGCCACCCUUACUUCUGUGCUGCUGCGGGCAGGGGCGCUGCCUUCAGAGCUGGGCGCCUGGUCAGCAGCCACCACUCUGCAGCUGCCCAGCUCUGAAGGCAAAACUGCCGCCCGCAGCAGCACAGAAGUAAAGGGUAGCAGUACAGCAGUCUCCCCUACAAUAACCUGGUCAUUCAUCCGAUGAAGUGCGUUUUAGCCCACGAAAGCUUAUGCUCAAAUAAAUUUGUUAGUCUCUAAGGUGUCACAAGUACUCCUGUUCUUUUUGUGGAUACAGACUAAUGCAGCUGCUACUCUGAAACCUACAAUAACCUUGUGACACUCCCACCCCCAACUACUUUUUGGGUCAGGACCCCUACAAUUACACCAUGAUGUUUCAGAUUUAAAUAGCUGAAAUCAUGAAAUUUACUAUUUUUUAAAAUCCUAUGAUUGUGACCAAAAUGGACCAUUAAUUUGGUAGGGCUCUACUUAUAGGAAGAUUAAUUAAAUCUAAUGAUUGUGUUCAAAUAAGCCUAAUAGCGGGGAUUCAAUGAGAUGGAUAGCUGGCCAUGGCUUAGGGAGUGUGCAGAACAGAGCAGGUUAAGAUGAGACCUUCAACUGGUUUGCACUCAACAUACAGAGCUGUAGCUCUACAUAUGUGUGUGAUAUAUAUGGAGCAUUUACCUGGGUGUACAGUUUGGAAAAAAAUGGCAUUGUGCAUGAACAGUGUAUGAAUGUUCUGACACUUAUAAUCACAUUAUGUCUAAAUUAAACUCUUUCUGACAUGUUUAAGGGCACUUGUCUUGAUUGAAAAAUAUGACAUUUUAAAGUUGCUACAUGCUAAACAUAUUUUAGUGGAGGUGGAAACCCUUUCUCUCUGCUCCAUGCUAUUCAAAAAACUUAAAAAUGCACAGCAAAUAGUAUUUAACCAAAAUUUCCCCCCAUCAUUGAGACUAAGAACAAAUGUAAAAAACGUCAGUUGAAAGGGCAGUGCCGGCAAUAGGCAUAAGCAGACUAAGCAAUUGUUUAGAGACCUGAGCAGCUCAAAGAGCUCCCCAUUUGCUUUUUUAGUAAGUGUUGGGGGGCACCCCAAAAUAUUCCUGUUUAGGUUCCCCAAUGGGCUAGCAAUGCCUCUGAAAGGGUAAGUCUUAAAAUAAAGUUAAGGGUGUGAAAACCGGCUGAUAACUCAAGAGUCUCCUCAGGUACUUGUUGCCACAACAAUACUGUAAUUCACUAACUUAGAAAAUUCAUAAGUAAAUACUUAAGAUGCUGUGGCAAACCUUUUAUAAGAAAUAAAUUUGUUUAAACGUGUAUGAACAUGUUAACUUGAAUUUAUCAAGUAUGCUGUAAAGUACUACUACGUGUUAGAAAUUAAAAACUAUAAAUGUG